AGGCCGCGCUGGUUCAUUGGUUCAGUGUCCCGAACCGGAAGCAACAGGUCGCAUCCGGCGUUACGGGUGGGAAUUGUGGUUUGCACUAGUUAAGCCCAGGUCCCAGAAGACCAUUCAGUGUGAUCGUACCCCAGUGACCCCCUUAUCAUGGUGACCUGUGCAGCGGUGUAAUUGUGUCGAACGACCCUAAAGGAUCCACAUUCAGUUCCAGUCGGUGUCGGUGUUUGUGUGUGUGUGUGUGCGCCGGUGUGUACUGUACUGAAGGAGUUGAAAGUGAAGGAAACAUUCGGGUGCCUGGCCAAACCAGGCACUAGCGAUCAUCAACGAUGUGGCACCUGUGGAUUGUUCUACUGAUAUUUACAACGGAUUUCUCCUGCUCAGACGGCACCGUGUACGGUAGCGUUAGCGAAGGCCCCGAUGAUUCUGGCCACGGUUCCCAAGCCUCACUGUCCGGUUCCCGAUCGCUGCCAACCCAGCCCAUAGAUUUCGUCGACACACGCCCCGCUGGGAUAAUGGCUCGAGAGCACGGUAACGAGGCCGGCCACAGGGAGAUGGAUCUGUUCAGCCAGCUUAAGCACAUGCAGCAUAUGUCACGCACCGGGCCCAGGCCAGCACCAUCCCUCGCGUCCGAGUCCGAGUUGGCCAGCGUCCGGCGAUCCCUAGCAACGGUGCUGCAAGUGUUGCUCCCGUACGGCCAACUGCAACAACGUCCCCGACUGUCGACCGAUCAAGAUGCGAGCGAUCCCUUCGACGAGGAUGCCCUCAAUCUCGGCGAACCCCUGAUACCCGACCGGCCGGAUUCGGCCAACUAUCUGCUGCACGGCAAGCUGGUUGAGAUUGGUCCAAGGCAGCGCAGCACCUUCGGUAGCCCUGCCUCCGACGCCGAGGUCCACGGUUCUGGGACGCCGGAGGACUCUGUGGGUGCCGUGGGUCAGAAGCGAGCGGCAGCCCUUCGCUCGACAGUUGCCCGUCGCUCGCACAUUUUACCGGCCGUUUCCGGCGCAGGAGGAGGAGGUGGAGGAGGAGGAGGAGGCGGUGGAGCGGACGAUGGCAGCUUUAUGCCUUCCAUCAGUGUUGGUGAGUUUUACGGGGCGCUGACAAACUUGGGCGACUUCUUCCAGAACCUGAAGCACAAUCUGGAGUCGCUCGAGUCGAAGAAUCUGAACAACGAUCAGGUGAAGCUGCUCGAGGGCCAGAACAUGAUCAGCAAUCUGCGCAAAGGGUUCUUCUAUUCCAGAGUUUGUCGAGGACUAUCCCAAGCCGGCGGGCAGUGCCGCUUUCCUGCACGCCAUCCGGAACUAUCGGCCCUCGCACCGGAUUCGGGCGCUGGUGUCCACCGUGCCGGAGCUUUACCGUGGAACCAACUUUCACGAUCCCGUGUACAUGCUUGCCGGACUCGGAAAAUGAGCUACCCGCCAACGAUCCGGCCGCCCCACUCGGUCCUGCUGGCAUCCUGCUAGGUGCGAAACCGGGCCACAUUCCACGUGCAUCGGAUGUCACCCGGACCAACGUGGAGAAGAAGGCCGUAGUUCAAGGCAGUCGGAAGACUCUACUACCGCGGACCUGUCCCUGGCGCAAACACAUCGGUUCCGCUUAUUGCCCUGCUCGUGUACUGGAUUGUAAAUAGGUGCCAAUUUGUUGCCGUACCCGUAGGAACCAGCCCGCCCCGAUAGCAUGCUAGAGUAUGCUCCGCUUCAUCCAACUGCUGCUUAAUUAUCUAUCAAUUCCAUUAAUAAAAGUAAAUACCAAGGAAGGGGGGAAAACAAAAACAAAAACAAUUAUAAUAAUAAACACAAGAACAGUGCGUUGAUCGCAUCCAAGAUCAAACAAAGCACCAAAAAAGUGAUUGGUACAAACAAAAACAAAAAAAAUGUGGACAUUUUACGAUUCUAGGCAUAGGGUGAAUAAACGCUUGGAAAUUCGAAAGAGAGAGAGAGAGAGAAAAAAAGGAAUCAUCCACCAGCUACGCACGGUAGUUUAAUCGAACUUUUGUUGCGGCAGCAAGCGGCAAGACCUGCAAAAACCCGUCAGAUAGCGUGCCUCGGGAAAUGGCGCUGACCCAUACAUAUGGGGAAAGGCUGCGCGAGGGUUGAUGCUGAAUUUUCAUUAUUACAUGUCAAUAAACUGUACCAACCAUCAUGUUUCGCUUUUGAUGUGUGGAAUAAAUUAA